AUGGAUAACCCUCCUCCAAAUCUCGCAGUUCCUCCAGUAACCCCGAAAGAAUUUCUCACUGCUUUACGCGAACCAGGACCGGACCGUCUCCAAGUCGCGGCCUCGCUCCUCGACCGCGGCGCAGACAUAAACGGCCUCUAUGAAUUUCACGUCAGAGGCGGCAAGGGCGGUCCCAUCGUCCCACGUGAGCAAGUCACCGCGCUCUUCGACGCUGCAAAACGCGGCGACUACGAAGCCGUUCAGUUCCUCCUUGGCAGAGGUGCAGAUAUCAGAGCAAGGAAUCUGACAGUUAUGGGUAUGCAUAUUGAGCUGUUACCAUUCCGUCGAGCAAUUGAGACGUUAUGUGGAUUGGAUGGGAUGAGGACGAGUAAGGAGAGGAGGAUUGUGGAGCUAGCAGAGGAGAGAUUUGGGGUUGAGACGGAUGAAGACUAUGUGAGAAGGCGGGAUGCGUUUGAUGGGCUGAGAGGGUAUUAUAUGAGGAAUACUAAGACUGGCGUGUUGAAGCCAAAUAUCAAAAGGGUGAAGAGUGUCUUGAAGAAAAAUAAUGCAAAGAGGAUUCGAGCUAACAAAGGGAACCGCCAUGAGCAGAAACGUCACCUCGGAGCUCUCCCAAGCUCCUCAGACCAGACCAGAUCAGGCCUUGCACCUUCGCUUGAUCUACCUAGUUUGGUUUUCACCAUUUAA